ACAUCCUGGAAUGUAAUUCUAUCUAUUGGCCAUUGAGAGUUCACCCCCUAGUAGGAGCAGUCUUCCACAGGAAUGAAUGGAAUUCUACAGUAUUUCAAUUAAUUGUUUCAAGGACAAAAUUACAUGUAUUUAAGUACUUAUUUUGUAAUGUUGGGGACAGUAACAUUAGCUAUCUCUAAAAAGUAUACUUGUUUUACUUCUAAUGUUUAUAUAUUUUUUGUCGUGUUUUAUUUGUAUGUUUAGCUCACAUAAUAGUAAUGUAAACGUAUGUAUUAAGCUGUAUGUAAUAUAAUGAAUGUGGCAAAAAACGAAUGUAGACAUUAAUACAUGCAUAUCUAUAGCUUCCUAAAUGUUUUACAACGUUGGGGGAGUGCCAAGAUGGAGGCACGGUGGCUUCAACACAGCGCCCCCUAAAAGUCAUCUAGUUGUAUACAUAAAUUAUUGGUGCAAACUCAUCCCAAACCCAGCGCGUGCAGUCACAUGAGAACGCGCCAUGGCUUCAGUUACCUCAACCAGUCGCUCAACUCGCUCCUCCCGACGAAGCGGCCCCGGCCCGUCCAGCACCAGCCCAACCCGGCUCUCCCGAAGCCAGGAGAAAGAGGAGCUUAGCCACCUGAACGACCGCCUGGCCGCCUACAUAGAGCGGGUCCGCCAGCUGGAGAAUGACAAGUCCUCAAUGCUGCUUCUCCUGGAGGAGAAAGAGGAGUCCACGACCCGGGAGACGGCCAACGUUCGGCGGCUGUACGAGACCGAGUUGGCCGACGCGAGGAAGAGCUUGGACGUGCUGGCUAACGACAGGGCCCGGCUGCAGAUAGAGAUGGGUCAUCUUUCUGAAGAGCAUAGCAACCUACAAGCCAGGAACCAGAAGAAGGAAGCAGAGUGUAACAUGGCCAUGGGUCAGUGGAGGAACUUGGAGGCGGUCCUCAACUCUAAAGACGCAGAGCUGGCCAAUCAACUGGCAGAUAACAGAAGACAGGCGGAUGAUGUAACUGACCUACAGGCCCAGGUGGCCAAUUUGGAGUGUGGGCUGGCGGAGACUAAGACCCAGCUGAACUCUGAGAUGUUGAGGAGGGUGGACCUGGAGAACCAGGUGCAGACGCUACGGGAACAGCUGGAGUUCCAGAGACACAUUGACGAACAGGAGGUCAGGGAGAUCCGGAGCAGACAUGAGAGUCGCCUGGUGGAGGUGGAUUCUGGGAGACAGAAAGAAUUUGAGAGUAAGUUGGCCGAGGCCAUGCAGCAGCUACGGCAGGAGCACGACGGACAAAUCCAGCAGUAUAAAGAGGAUCUGGAGAAGAAUUUCAAUGCCAAGAGAGAGCUGUGUGUCAGGGAGUCUCUGUGUGUGUCGUGCACACUGUUAGAGCAGGAGUGCAUGAUGACGGAAGAGAACAGAGGAAUGAGAAAGAUGCCAGUGCAGAUUAGGGAGAGCUUUGUCCAGCUGAUCAAGCUGGAUAACGCCCAUCAGACGGCGCUGAAGAGUAGUGACUUUGCCUCGUCCACCAGAGAGGAGCUGUCUGCCACCAAGCUCCGCAUCGAGACCCUCUCCUCACAACUCAAUCACUUCCAAAAACAGAACGGGGCCUUAGAGGGGCGUGUGCGGGAGCUGGAGCGGACCCUGGACCGGGAGCGCGAGGUGUGGCAGCAGCGACUGAGCCACAAGGACGAGGAGAUGUCGGCCAUGCGGGCCCAGAUGCAGAGCCAGCUGGAGGACUACGAGCAGCUGCUGGAUGUCAAGCUGGCCUUGGACAUGGAGAUCAACGCCUACCGCAAGAUGCUGGAGGGAGAGGAGCAGAGACUCCACCUCUCCCCGAGCCCCUCCCAGCAUGGUGCCGUGGCACGCACACACGCACAUGGCGCCCGCCGAGUUGUCCGCGGGAAGAAACGCAAGAACGAAGGUGGCACGGGGUCCUCGCCAGCCUACAAGGUCUCACAGCACGCCAAGGCCCACAGUCACAUGAUGGUGUCGGAGAUAGACCUGAAGGGGAACUACGUCAUGCUGAAGAACAACUCUGAGAAGGAGCAGCCACUAGGGGGCUGGGUGGUGAGGAGCAGUCACCUGGACUCUCCUGAACUGUUCUUCCAGAUCCCCCCUUCCUACAUACUGGCUGGGGGCAACACCCUCACUAUCUGGGGUUCGGAGGCAGGCGUAGAAGCCUCUCCAGGUGACCUGGUCAUGAAGAACCAGAGGAACUGGGGUCCGGUCAACAACGUGAUUGUCACCCUACUGAACCCAGAUGAAGAGGAGACCGCAGAGCUGCGUGUGCAGGAGAGAGGAGAGGAAGACUCCGAUGUAGAGGUUGAUGAAGAGUUUAUGGAAGGGAGUGAUGUUCACUACCUCAGGAGACAGCCCAAGAGAAGGAAAAGGAAGUGCUGUCUGGUGUUGUGAACAGCCUGUCUCAUGACACAGACCGAUGGAGGCUCCGGGGGGAACAAACGAGAGUUGCUCUGUUAUGUAACUCCUCUUCAUUCUGACCUGAGAACGCUGCCUCCGACCCGGGAAUUCACAGGAAUACCACUGGAAAGGCUACAAUGACAUCCUAUCCCUUACAUAGUGCGUUACUUUGCCAUGAACCACAGUGUGGGCACUGCACAGGGAAGUGGGUGUCAUUUGACACUGGCCAUGUCACCAAUGUUAUUAUUUAUGUGCCCUGUGGGAGCUUGAUGGUGAUUUGGGAGCACUGCUACACAAAUGUGUGUGAUUUCAAUGCAGAUUUUUUUCCUAAACUAAUGCAAGAGUUUGACUGGUUGUAUAGUUGCCUGUACCUGGAAAAAUAGUGGGUAGCCCUUUAAAAUGGCAGAUCUGUUAGUGCUGUCUAGUCAACUCCUAUGGUCAUUUGUCUAAACAGCACAGACAGAUCUGGGACCAGGCUUGUAUUCUUUAAGCAGCGACAUGGCGUUUGUCCUGCUACUCUGGCGUUCCUAACACGUCUCUCCUCCCGCUUGCUGCGAGUAACAUUCAUGUGCCCCUUAUUGUCUUUAAUGUCACAUCAUUCAAUUGUCAAAGUUUUUAAGAAAAUAUGUUUCAUUUGUCAUACAGUAUGAAUAUGCCUUGUGUCCUGACUGUUUCAAAUCCUGUUUGGGAAAAUGACAGAUUGUUCCACUUGUAUGGUAUUACAGUAUGUUAGUACUAUAACUAUCUGUAAGAUGGAUGUUUUCGGGUGUUUUUACCCUUUACCCUGCAUUGAGAGAGGAGUUCUAUCCAUCAUAUAAUGUGGACAUGUUUCAUGGUCAUCCUGAAGUAUGUGGACAGGAUGCUUCUCCUGUGUUUCACAGGUACUUUGGUGGCUUUGCAACAUUGUUUCUUAUUUUAUUUCUGAAACUUUAUUUUCUUUCUAUUUAUAAAAACAACUAACUGUAACAUCCUCUGAACGUUCAAUUGACGUCCGAAAACUCAAUGUUGGCUUGUACUUUAUGCACCAAAAUACUUCUGAUUUCAAUAAAGAUGUUUCCUUAA